AUGCCGCUUUCAGGACCCUACGAAUAUCCCGGGUUCUCAUCAUAUUCAGCAUCUUGGCGCAUCCCGUCAGGACCCCCGACAUUUGACAGCCUCUGUCAUUGCCAUGGUGGUGUUGCCGUUUCACCGCGACUUUUACUAUUGGGUUCCUCUCAGUCAAUUGUCAAUUAUCCUGUGGCCUUUGGAUUCAACUCGCCUAUUAUGCCGGCAUUGUUUGAUAGCUCGAGUGUUUCACCAAACGAUUUCGACCAUACAGAUCUUUCUAUUAUCGAUUUUGAUACCAACCCUUGUGAAACCACAGAUACAACCGCCUCGGAUUUCUCUUGGACUCGAGGUUCUUCCGAUGGACCCGCUCCUCAAGCGGCUCUUUUGGUUGACCCCACUACGAGCUCUCCAAGCCAUUAUACAGCGCGGGUGAAUCCUACUACACCCCAUACCCCGCGAAUGAUACCGGUUAGCAAAAUACUAUUCCCAGAUGGCCCAAUGUACCAGACUCCUCAGGCUCAAACGAUUGUCCUCAAUGGCAUUGCUUCUGAGAGCCCAGCUCCCGAGAGCCCAUGCGACAGAAGAGGAAAUGGAGCGGCGCUGGAGAAUAUUACUCACACACUGAACCACGAGGAAGCCCUGAAUUACCAGUCUGAAAACGAAUCAGAUGCUGAUGAGGAGUUUGUUCCUGGGAAAACACGGAAGCGGUGUUACACAAAGCGGAAGCCUACCAAACGGCGCAAGAAAAGCCCUGGACAGGGUAUUUCAGACCUUGGAAAGCUAAGUAAACCUGACUCCAAGUGUCACCCAGAUACCGAAAAUCUAUAUUAUCUUAUUGAGAGGAGCGGGUCAGUUCUCCAGCCAUUGCGGACCCAUAGAGACGACAAGCCACGCCAAGAGCUUGUAAAUGAAAGCCCUGCUUUACAGAAAAGCAUUUCUCAAACAAUUCGCGGGCUAGUGUCCUGUGGCCAUUCCUGUGGAGAAAAGUUUAGCAGCUGCGAAGCGAUGGCGGAGCAUCUUGAUUCCACCCACGACAGGGAGUAUCGACCCUAUCUGUGUCCCGACAGUGCAUGUGUUUGGUCCGUGCUUGGAUUUCACAAAAAAUCGGAAUGCAUGAGGCAUUAUAGGAGCCAACACUGCGGUCCGAUCUACGUUUGCGCAGUUCAAAAUUGCGGCAAGAGGUUCCUACGGUCUGAUUCAUGCCAUCGGCACAUUCGCAUGUCUCAUCUAAACCCCGAUUCCCGUUUCAACAAACUGGAUGCGGAUUGA